GGAAAUGAUUACUUUGUUCUUUUCAAAUUUAAAAAAGAAAAUGUACAAUUACAAUCAUGCAGAAAGUGUAUGAUUGUGUUUCGAAACAGAAGAAAGACUUCAUUGUACUAUGGAGCCUAAAGUCACACCAGGUUUGACGUUCUUUGACCGGAAAUGAAGAAAGACAAGACGUUGACUUUCCAUGCAUGUCGAGACAACUUCACUGCCUAUCUGGUCUGUCUGUAUGUCACGUUAGUGAAAGGUCAAGAUGAUGUAGCUGACUUCAGAGUCGGUGACCUGUAUAUGGUCAGUCGUAAUUGCUCGAAGUCCACCUUGCCCUUGGGUACCAUCCACCGGUUCAAGACCUGCAUCGUUACCUCCAAUUACACCCACCUCAGCUUAUCUAUCAAUAAUGAUAAUGUAUACCCGAGUCUGGCGCCCUGCGUCUCAAGGGAAUGGCAACUGACCUCUACUAUCACCACCUUUAACGUUACCCUGAGCAACGCCACCAGCGUCUACCCGGACUCUAAGACUGUCCUUACAUGUUUAGUUCACGCCCCUGAAGAGCCGAUUGAGAUCCCCUUUGACUCACAUCUUGAUUGGUUUCUCCCUGUGGUUAUUACAGCCAUGAUCGUCUCGUUCCCAGUUGUGACGUGCAUCUCUUUAAUCAUCCAUGACAGGAUAACUAACGCUCAAGGAGCCCAUGAAGAGAGACCAUCUUCAUCUCACUCAAGCAGCGAAAGUGCAAAGUCCCCGAGUUCAUAUUAAAGAUAGCAAAGGAAACUGACAUCCCGAUGAAGAUCUAAUCGAUCAUCUGAACAGCAAGGGAGACGACAGACUACCCACAAGCAACCAGGCUGUUCAAAGGAAAGAACAAUUCCUUUUUAAAUGACAGUGACACACGGGCGUCUGCCGAACUUGGUGGACAGGAGAACGAAACACCAAAAGACACACCUGGCUGUAGGCACGUGACCCUCUGAUUAUGUCAUUAAAAGUACUAGAUAACAAAUUCUA